CAGGCAAGCGUUAUCGCAGGAUAAUUCCGCCAGCGGUUCGCCACGCAAGCCAAAGUUCACUUCGACACUGAAUGUCAAACUCCGACUCUGAGUACUGUUCAAGCACUUGCUAUCCUGUCUUGUUUUCACAGCGGGGCUGCCGAGUUAGUUCUCAGCUUCACAUACUUAGGCACGGCAAUCCGUGUUUCCCAAGCUCUUAAUCUAGAAAACAUGAAAGUGGCAACUUCACCAAAUGAUAUCGAUUAUCAGCGUGCUUGUAUUUUCUGGAGCUUGUAUUCACUCGAUAAAUGCUGUAGUUUAUAUGUUGGGCGACCCCAGACCCUUUUCCCUUGCUUUGAAGGGCCGUAUCAACCUCCUGGGGCUCCCUCAAUUGACUACGGUGUGGAUGUUGGCAUGGAAUGGUUGCAACCCCCAGUGCUUGGUGUUUCAGGACCACUAAAUGCUGCGUUUAUUUGGCACACUAAAAUAAUGCGUAUCAUUUCAUCGGCCAUGAAGCUUCUGUAUGGCAAAAAUGGUGUCUGCAAUUGCAUGAUCGACAUUCGCCAUGUCGAGUAUUUGAGUGGACAGUUGGAACGAUGGAAACGGGAUCUGCCUGGUUCUCUUCGCAUUGAUGUGAAAGAUCCCAAUCUUCUUGUCACCCCUGAAGUGACAAUGGUCAAUCUUGUGGGCGAAUGGAUGCACAUACUCCUAUACCAGCCCUUUUAUCAAGACCGUUCCAGCAUUCGUUAUGUGACCAGUUCCGUGCAUCAGAUUGGUUUCUCUGAUCAGGAUCAUACGCGCGUCUCACAACUUCGUGAUCAAGCAUUCAAGACUGCCACACCCGCUGCUGAGCGGAUCCUCAUGUUGCUGAACAGAUUUGACUCUCAACAUGGCCUUGACAAAAUGGACAAUACCUCCGUUCAGAUAGCCUAUGUUGCGGGGAAGAUCCACUAUCUAGGAAUCCUCGACAGCACUUCCGCCACCUAUGGAUGCACCCUCCCCAAAGAUGGAAUGAUGAAGGCCAUUCAACUCCUCAGGAGGAUGGGCAGUAUCUGGAAAUCUGCGGUGGCAUCAGCGAACAGACUUGAGGAACUGUACACAGCUGCUUGUAGGGAUGCGUCAAGGGAAAACUCAACAUCUUCAUUGUUGGUGCGACUCACACCAACAAUAAAGAGUGAAACCACCGCCCUCAAAGCAGAGCCCGCGUAAGCAAAUUAGGUGCACG